AUUCAUUUUCUAAUAGAAAACACAGGUAUCAAAAAAAAAAAAAAAAAUUAGCGUCAUUGAAGGCAAAACAAAUUCAGCGAGAGAGCUUCAUAUCUGUUAUCAUCAUUCGUCAUUAAGUGCUCGGUCUUUCUAUCAGAGGAACCGAGAAAGAAAGUAACAGCAUGGUGGCCGCUAAAGGAAAAGUCAGCGUGGGUAUGAAUCGAGUUGCUGAAGAUGCCCAUACCUGCAGAACAGGUUUUAGAACUUUUAAAGUUUAUUCAGAAAAUGAAAAGAAUAAGGAUGCUGCUAGCAUUAAAUCUGCCAGGGAUAGUUUUCUUCCUGCAAGAAGGAUACCUAACAAAGGAUAUCCUCCUGCCAAUGCAAGUGAUUCAAAGGGGAGCUUGAAAAUUGCGGGGAAGAACAAUUGCAAACACGACAAUUCUGGACUGACUGUAAAUCAAAAUGUCAGAAGAAAAGCAUUGGCUGAUGUAAGCAAUGUGCAGAGCGGUAAUGCAAGGGAUGUGGCAUAUGAUGUUUCAAAACCAAUGAUUCCGGAGGGUCCAGGCUCUAGGACUAUGAAUCUUUCAUCAAGAAAAUCUGCAAAGGGAAAAAUGAGGGAUAAUCUAAGUCAAAAGGCUGGUGACCUUCAUGCUUCUAGGAAAGCAGGAGCUAAAGAUCUAAGGGUCUCUUUAGAAGAUCAGAAGACCAACGCCAAGAAUCAUGGUCAUGAAUCCACCGUUAACAAAAGCAGGAGGAAUGCAAGGAAUUUUGUUGCAGUGAUGAGGAAGUCUCUACCAGCGCUAAAGAGGGUGAGCCAUGCAGAUGCAAGUAAUGCAAAGGAAAAUGAUGGAAUCUCUAAGGAAACUAAUAAUAUUAGUGAGUUUCCUGUUAAGGUUAAAGUGAGUAAGAAAGUAGUACCUCAGGCGGGCAUGGGUAGGAGACAUCUAUGGAGAAAUAGAGUGAGUGAUGGCUUCAUAUUAAUGGCCCCUAGGGAUCAAAAUAAUGCUGAAGUUCUUGUAUCCAGAAAAUCUGUCAGGCCAAUAAUAAAGACUGAAAUCAAUGCUUCCGGUCACCAUAAGACAUCAAGAUCAAAGUGCAUCUCUAGUUUGAACAAAUCCAAGUCCGUUGCUCCUAUAUCAUCAAAGAAAAAAAAACAUGUGACAUCUUUCCCAGAAAACAUGCCCUUGGUGAUUGCCAAUGAAGUUACUCAAGGAGAACCUUCAUCUGACAACAACAAGAUGUCAAGUGCUAAUCACAAAUCAGAUGUCAUCACCAUAGGAAAAUCAAGUCGAAGGAGAUCUUAUACAUCGUUAUUAAUGACAAGAUCAAAGUUACUAGAGGAACAUGGUGAAGUUAUGGAGCAGGAAAAUCUACCAAGUAUAGAUGAUACUUCCAAUCAACUGGAAGUUGCUGAAUAUGUUGACGCGAUAUAUAAGUACUAUUGGAUUUUGGAGGUGCAGAAUUCAUCUCUGGAAAAUUACAUGGCAAUUCAAACAGACAUUACACCUCAAAUGCGGGGCAUAGUUAUCAACUGGCUAAUUGAAGUACACUUUAAAUUUGAAUUAAUGCCGGAAACACUUUAUCUUAUGGUCACAUUGUUAGAUCGAUACCUAUCUCAAGCCCAAAUUAAGAAGAAUGAACUGCAGUUGGUUGGUCUUACAGCACUGUUUCUGGCAUCAAAAUAUGAAGAUUUUUGGCAUCCUAGGAUCAAAGAUUUAAUUAGCAUCUCAGCAGAGUCGUACUCAAGAGACCAAAUGCUUCUAAUGGAGAAGCUUUUACUGAAGAAGUUGAAGUUUCGUCUAAAUGAGCCGACUCCAUAUGUUUUCAUGUUAAGGUUUCUCAAGGCUGCUCAAUCAGAGAUGAAGCUUGAGCAUUUAGCAUUCUACCUCAUUGAGCUCUGCUUGGUUGAAUACAAAGCUUUAAAGUUCAAACCUUCAAUGCUAUGUGCGUCAGCUAUCUAUGUUGCACGGUCUACCUUGCAAAUGGUUCCAGCUUGGACUCCUCUGCUUGCCAGACACGCACAUUAUCAAGUCUCCCAAAUGAGGGACUGUGCUGAGAUGAUAUUGAGAUUUCAAAAGGCUGCAAGAACAUCACAAUUGAGAGUCACAUAUGAGAAGUACAUGAGGCCUGAUCUCAGUGGUGUUGCAGCAAUAAAACCCUUGAGUGAACUUCCGCUUUGAUUUUGAUAAGUAAAUUUUUAUGGUACAUGAGAAGAUUCCCUUGAAAUAUAUGCUUGUACUUCCCCCCUUCUUCAAAUUGGUUUUAUCACGUCACCACAACGUAAAGAUUGUGUGCUUUGUGUGUUUGUAAUCUCCGGUGACUUUACCAGAGGAUACUGCCUUCUUAGAAAUUAGAUCACUGUAACUUUCUCAAACGUAGUAGAAGUAUUAUAACAACCUCUUGUUGUAAUGUUCCUGUC